GAGGGGGAGAUAAGCUGCCCAGUGGCACUAAGCCCUCAGAGCAGUACAUCGCCCGAUAAAGGCAACCAGCAGAAUGACUCCAUCCGACCGGCUAAGCCGAGCAGCCGCGGAAGGGAACGUAGCCGAACUGCGAAGGCUGCUGGACGGUGGCUCCGACCCCAACGGGCUUAACGUUUAUGGCAGGAGCGCGAUUCAGGUCAUGAAACUGGGGAACCCCAAAGUGGCUGAGCUGUUGUUGGAGAGAAAAGCGAAUCCCAAUGUGCCGGACCCUUCCACCGGCUCCCUGCCGGUCCACGAUGCUGCCCGCGAGGGCUUUCUGGAUACUUUGCAGGUACUGAUCUCCGGGGGAGCUCGCCUGGACCUGCCGAACUAUUACGGGCGCCUCCCUCUCGACGAGGCUGCAGAAAAUGGGCAGAACCGCGUGGUCCAGUUCCUCGCCCGGCGACAGAGGGACAACGCUUAGGAACGGAGGGCUCGGGACGCUGCUGGUCAGCUUCUCAUCAUUCCAGGCGGUGCGCUUAUCCGCUGCGCUGCGCUGCCUCCUUUGACGUUCGCUAGCUUAGCUGGAGCAACAUUUGGGGGUUUUAAGCCGCCUCUCCGAGACGGCUUUAAAAAAUGCGAGUGGGGUCACUUCAAUUAGUCAAUUGCAAAUUAGUUCCGCUUGCUAGAGGGAGCAAUUAAACCAAGCUUAUUUGCAAGUUAGUUAGUUGUAAGAUAGUCAACUGCAAAAUAGUCCCUGCUGAAGAAGAGACCCUAUCUCGAGGUUGCUGCCUGUUAAUUUGGAUAAGAAACCCUCUUUCUUAUCCAAUAAGACUCACUGCCAGCUGUCUUCUUCCUUGUUCUAUCUGACCAUCUAUUCCUUUGUGAACUGCACAUGAUUUAAAAAAAAAAAAUUGGAUUAAAAGUGAAGGAUGCCCAGUUUAUAAACUUGAUUUUUUUCUUGAACGGAAUAAAGAGUGUUUCAGAACACAAAGCAAGGGUGGGGAUUGUAUCUGAGCACAGGAGACUUCAUUGCAAGGUUGCAAACUAUGACUAUUUAUCUGGGCCUUUAGAUAAUACCCAGACAGAUCAGUCCACCUCACAUUUUAACACUGUAAUUCUGUGUAACUCUGAAAUAAACUCCAUUAAAAUCUAUUAGGGCUUGCACUUUAAGGGUAGGAUUAGAUUUUUGUGCAAUGAUAUUAAAAUCUAACCAACACCUCCACCCACUCACUUGAUCAAUAUCUCAGUGCUGAAAUUCCAAAAUCUGGAGAAUUCUCUUACAAAUAGAACAUUAAAGGGCAAUCCUGCAUAGGCUCAAACCUCACUGGAAACAAUGUCUGACUUUCCCAGACUUUAACUUGUGGUUUACUGUAUUCAACACAAAUUCCUGAGUUUGUACAACAUGAGGCAGAAAAAGCUAAAUUGGUUGCCUGGUUUAUACUUCAGUCGAUCAAUAUAACAAAAGAUAAUUAUAUCCCAGUAAAUCUUCAUAAAACUUCAUAUUGUUCACAUUAUUUUUGCUGUAAGCCGCCCAGAGUCCCUUGGGAGUUGGGAGGCAUAGAAAUAUGAUAAAUUAAAUUAAAUUAAAUUAAAUAUAUCUUGCAAAGCCCUAAUAUGUUUUGUUUUGGUUGAAAUUGGAUAAUUUGCCCAUUGAGGCUUAACAGCACACGAAGAUAUUCAAAAAUUUGAUAAUGUUGUGUGAUCUUAUAUUUGGAAAUGCUAGGUUUUUUUUUCCAAGUGAUAAUCUAAUAACAAAAAUUGCAACCCAUAUUAUUCCAUACCUUAACUAUUUGGACUCAAGCCAUGUGCUUACUUACUAAUAUGUUAUUGUUGUAUUCCAAUGGCAUUGCCUUUGUUAUGUUUUCAACUCUAUUUUUUCUUAUGUAUGAUGCUUUGAGACCUUUUGACUGCUUUUCAUAAAAGUAUGCUUAACAAAUAAAUGAGUUGGCCUUAA